AGCGGCUCUGCAGUUUUCUCUGGAUCUCUGGGGCAGAAAUGAGAGCUGAUGGCUGACCGGGGUUAGAGCUGGACACUAUUGGAGAGGGUUAGGCAUCAAGACAGAGACUGUUUAACUAAAUACAGGACCGAGGUUAGGCUGGUUUUAAAGUCGGCCCCUUUCUACUCUUCUCACAGUAGGCCUCAGGCCUGUUCAAUCCUGACAGCCAUGGUACUGAUCCUGGGAAGGCGGCUGAACCGGGAGGACUCUGGGACACGGGAGUCCCCUGCUGUCAAACGCAAGGUUCUGGAAAUGGAUCCCAAGAACCUGAGUGGCCAUGACAUCUUCGACUUCUCCUCAGGCCCGUGCCACUCUGAGAGUGUUUUACAGAUGUUUGACGAGUUCCGCAAUGGGCGCCUUUUCACUGAUGUGGUGAUCAGCGUGGAAGGCCGUGAGUUCCCUUGCCACCGUGCUGUGCUCUCAGCUUGCAGCAGCUAUUUCCGCGCCAUGUUCUGCAAUGACCACCGUGAGAGCCGUGAGAUGCUGGUUGAGAUCAACGGUAUCCGCUCUGAAGCCAUGGACACCUUCCUGCAGUAUGUCUACACAGGCCGUGCACGCAUCACCACUGACAACGUGCAGUUCCUCUUUGAGACCUCCAGCCUCUUCCAGAUUGGUGCUCUGCGCGACGCCUGCGCCAAGUUCCUAGAGGACCAAUUGGACCCAUGCAACUGCUUGGGCAUCCAGCGCUUCGCUGAUGCCCACUCGCUCAAGCAGCUUGCCAGCCGUUGCCGCGCCUAUGCCCUACAGAGCUUUGCCGACGUGGCGCAGCAUGAGGAGUUCCUGGACCUGCAGCGUGAUGAGCUGGUGGAGUACAUCGCCAGUGAUGAGCUGGUGAUCGGCAAGGAGGAGACGGUGUUUGAGGCAGUGAUGCGCUGGGUCUACCACAAUGUGGAGCACCGGCGUGGAAUGCUGCGUGAGCUGCUUAACCACGUACGCCUGCCCCUUCUGCACCCCAACUACUUCGUGCAAACAGUGGAGGGGGACCAGUUGAUCCAGAAUGCCCCAGAGUGCUACCAGCUGCUGCAUGAAGCCCGGCGCUACCAUGUGCUUGGGAAUGAGAUGAUGUCACCUAGGACCAGACCUCGCAGGUCCACAGGUUUCUCAGAGGUCAUUGUGGUGGUGGGUGGCUGUGAGAGAGUGGGGGGCUUCAAUCUGCCUUACACUGAGUGCUAUGACCCAGUGACCGGAGAGUGGAAAUCACUGGCCAAGCUGCCCGAGUUCACCAAGUCUGAGUAUGCAGUGUGUGCCCUCCGCAACGACAUUCUGGUCUCAGGUGGACGCAUCAACAGCAGGGAUGUGUGGAUGUACAAUUCUCAGCUCAACAUCUGGAUACGGGUGGCCUCACUCAACAAGGGUCGCUGGAGACACAAGAUGGCCGUGCUACUGGGCAAGGUGUAUGCAGUGGGUGGCUAUGACGGUCAGUCUCGUCUAAGCAGUGUGGAGUGCUACGACUCCUUCUCCAACCGCUGGACGGAGGUGGCUCCCAUGAAGGAGGCGGUCAGCUCCCCUGCUGUGGCCAGCUGUGUGAACAAGCUCUUUGUGAUAGGUGGAGGCCCGGAUGACAACACCUGCUCUGAUAAGGUCCAGUGCUACGACCCGGAGGCAGACACCUGGUUGCUCAGGGCCAACAUCCCCAUAGCAAAGCGCUGCAUCACAGCCGUGUCCCUCAACAACCUUAUUUAUGUGUCUGGAGGCCUGACCAAAUCCAUCUACUGCUACGAUCCCACUGAGGACUACUGGAUGCACGUGGUCCACACCUUCAGUAAACAGGAGAGCUGUGGCAUGUCUGUCUGUAAUGGGAAGAUAUUCAUCCUGGGAGGUCGUGGAGAAAGUGGAGAAGCAUCAGACACUAUACUGUGUUACGACCCUGCCACCGGAAUCAUCACCGGUGUGGCGGCCAUGCCACGGCCCAUCUCCUAUCACGGCUGUGUUACCAUCCAUCGCUACAACGAAAAGUUCUACCGCACAUGACCCCAAACCUAAUAAAAUCCCACAUAUAUAUACAAACACACACUUACACUCACACACAAACAAACACACACUUACACUGGCCUUACUGCAGGGAUGACAUAAGCUGAGCCGAUGGUAGCACCUGUGUAUUUCCACACAGGCUCUCUCCAGGCUGACCACAAGCUGGAGUUCGAGUUGACCUGCUAGUCAAACCCAUUACUGCACAGCAUCCAGCUCCCUACGUAGCUUCUAAUGAAAACACGUGUAUUAUUUAUCUGCACAAGUUGCCAGCCAGUUAGCUAGCUAGCAUUAGCCUAAGUGUAGGCUAACUGCAUCCGGACACUUAAAAAACGUUAACUUAUGAAACGAAUCAAACCCCUGUGUACUGAUGAUAUAUGUGUAUAUAUAUAUAUAUACAAACACAAACACACAACAGCUGACACAGAGGAUGGGGCAAGGUUGCUAAGAGGGUUAGCAUCUCUCGUGUUUUUGACCUAUGACCCAGUACCCCUAGUUCUACAGUGGGGUCCUCCACUAACAGGCUAAUAAUGCCUUCAUGUGUUCUUUUUUUCUUACUUUAAUUAUUUUUAAUGUUAUAUUUCUAUCCUUGUUUUAUUGUCAUUUUGCUAUUUUAUGACAGCGUAUAGUGUUGAUGUGUUGAUUAUUGUGAAUGGGUGAGUGGUAUGCUAGGUGGAUGGAUGUGUGGUGUGUGGAGCCUCUGAGAGGGCAUUGACUCGCAUGGAACGUUGUAACGGUAAGUCAUUUGGACUUCAGUGUCAUGUUUAUUUUUUAUUAGCUUGUGUUUUUUGCUAUUUUACUUUUUUUAUUAUUAUUAUAUUGGGUGAAAAUGAAAUAGCACUUUGUAUUUUGGGUAACACUUUACUGCAGGGCAGCAUUCGUAAGGCUACUUUAAUGACAACUGACUUAAACAAUAUAUUUAUAAAGGCUUACUCUGACUAAACUGUCCAUUUAAUGUUAUUUAACCUCAAAACAUGUUAUAACAUAGGAUGGCCGUUUAAAAAAGCCUUUAUAAAUGUAUAUUAAUGUUUUUUUCUAUACUUAUCAACAGACAAAAACCUUUACCAAUAUUUAUAUAUAGUUUUUGUCACUGCAGCCUGAAUGAAGGCCUACAGUGAAGUGUUCCCACGUGUUGUGUGGCUUCAAUGGCAUUUACUCAGCACUGUGCUCUCGCUGUGUUUUCAGGAAAUAACUCAAGACCUUAAAGAAAUAUUUCAGCAAAAAAAAAUCUAAUUAACAUCAUUUAUCACUGAUCCCAGAUGAAGAUGCUGAUCCACAACAUGUCUGAUAUCUGGAAUUAGCUUUUUAAUUUACAAUGAGAGAUGCUGGGAUGAUACUGCUAACAAAUACUGGAUCUCAUAUCUAUAAUUAAAUGUCCAAAACAUCCUAUCAGAAUAUUAAGAUCUUAAUUUGUUUCAUGCUGUUCUUAUGACCAGUAUGUGGUAUUAUUUCUCAGACUGUGGUCAAGUUUAUCAACAGAAAAGACAGCAGAAUAUUAUGUGGGUAAUAAUGUACUUCCAGCCUCAGCUUGACAGUUUAAAUAAGGUCAUUGUUUUAAUUAGUGUUACGCAAUGCAGUAAGUGUUAGUGCACUCCACAUUUCUCAAGCUGUUACCACCAAAAUGGACAAAAUUCUAGAACUUUUCAUUUUAAACGAUUCAACGGUUUUCAUAAAUUCAUCAUAAAUUUUUACACUGAUGUUGAAACACAAAAUUCAGCUCUUCCUUAAUCAUACCAGCUAAGAAAAUGUGCACAGUCCCCUUUCUCACCACUGCUCACCAAUAUUAUUUGUACAUCAGUGCUCAUCAGUGUAUGAGUUUUGGACCAGACAUCUUUUGGGCAAUUUUUUUUUGCACCCCACAUUUAGCUUAUUUUUGGUCACUGGCAGUUUUGUGGUAACAGUCUUAAUUCCAGGCAAUUUAGGCAUUAGCCUAACAUGUUUCUUUGUUACCUAAAGAACCAAACAUCAUAAUAAAACAUGUUUUAGCAGGUUAAAUGUAAUCAGGGUCAGUGAUAAAUAAUGUUCAUUUGUUUUUACAAACUAUUCCUUUAAAAAUAAUAAUAGAUAUGUUCAAUUACGGGGGAUGCAGGUAGAGAUAUCCUCAUAUCUUCACAGUACCAAACUGAUAGAGCUCUCGUGUUAUUAUAGACUGGUUAUUAUAGACUGGUAUUGACCAUGUAGCGCAUGUGCUUAGACAUACCCAACAUACAGCGCAUCCAACAAAUGUUCCCGGUAAUCAGUUAAAAUGGAUUAUGAUAUCAGGGCCACAUUAAUGAGUGCAUAUUUGUUUUUUUCUCAUUUGUUGAUUUAAGUGUUUAAGUUAUUCAUACUUGGUGAAAGAUGAUUGGUGAGCCCCAACAAGGCACUUUUUCUCUUUGCUGUCCUAUUGUAAAUAUGAGUUUGAUCUUUCUUUGUUUUACUGUAUCAGUAAGUACAGUAGCCUCGCGUCAGACCGAAGGGCCUCAAGUCACGACUUCACUUCAACUGCAGCCAUGUCUUUAUGGUGAUUAGUAAAAUGUGUAGCAGUCAGUAAUAGAGAGAAAGAUGUGUGUGUGUGUGUGUGUGUGUGAGUUGACUGUGUUUCUCUAGGUUUCUGUGUAGUCACUGAAAAAUGUUUUCAUUGAUCUAAAUGUACCACAAAUUCUUAAGGUUAAAACAUGGUGUCGAGCUUUCUGAAUCAGCUGGCAAAAACCUCAAUUUCUUCAGGACCUGAAGUCUCUGUUCUGCACCACAAAUCUAUUCUUUCAUAGCAUCUGUUGUUGGCAGAACAUGGAUAGAUAACUACAUAGAAUUAUACAUCAGAUACGAAUGUGGCCUUGGUCAUUCUGCUUUUGCUUUGAUUAUUAGAAUUAUUGUAGGUAUUGGUCUAAGUUACUGUUAAUGCUGUUUUGGCGUAUGGAGUUAUGCGUGUAUCUUUUAAUGUGUAUUCAUCAGAUGCUGAUGAAUUUAAGCAAUAUAAGUAGAGCAAUAGAAGUGUCAGGAGUUGGGAUAUUGAGUUAACAGAAACAAAAAUGUCAAAAUGUCUUCAGAUAUAGUAAAAGAUGCAAAAAAUGGCACUCAAAGGACAGAUAGUUGGUAGUAAAUGCGAUAAAGAGGAAUCUUCACCACAAGUGCAUUUUAAUAUUAACUGAACUGUGUUUGAACCAAAGAUGUUUGCCUUCUGUUGUUUCUGGUGUGAUAUUGUGAGUAAGAAAGACAAUGAGUGUUUUUGUUUAUUUUUUCUGUUAUGUAUAAAGCCAUCACUCUUCUUUCUUCUGUUUUCCUGGAGUGAUUGAAAUGUAUGAAUGCUCUGUAUGAUGUUCGAACUUGACAUUGCCUUAAUAAAGUUGUUUUUCAUACGA